AUGGAGGUCCAAGAGGAAAAAUCCGGAUCUCCCCAAAUGGGAGGUGAGAAAGAAUUGCGAAGCUCUUCAAAGCUCGCUGCUGAAGUCCAAGACCUGGAGAAGCAGCUGUCACGGAUCAAAGUCCAUGUUCCUAAAGGUGUAUGUGAAUUUGAUUGGAGCAAGAUUGUCACGGCCCACUUGCCGGAGUCCUACAAAAGCAACACACCCAAGGAGCAGCUGCUUCUACAGGUGGCGGAUAAUUUCCAUCGGCAGUACGCACACCUUUGCCCGGACCGUGUACCCCUCUUCCUUCACCCAAUCAAUGAAUGUGGCAUGGAAAAAUUUGUAAGCACAACGGUUCGGCCAACUCUGCUCCCUUACUCAGAGUUGUACAACUGGGAUAGUGCCGCUCGUUUUGUUUCUGAUUACCUCAACAUGGAGCCUCUUCCUUCUCCACUAGCACCGCCCUGUUACUUAUGUUCACCAACAACCAUCUUGAGGUACCAGCGAGGAAACUGCUUUGAUUUUAGUGUCCUUUUAUGCUCUCUGCUAAUUGGGGCAGGCUACGAUGCCUACUGCGUGAACGGCUAUGCCACCAAGGACAUUUGCAUGAUGGACGAGUCCACGGAAGAGUGCCCACUCUUACAGAAGCCAGAAGAGAUUGUGAAAAAGAAGGAGAAGGCUAAGAAGUAUGCCAUCAAGCCCCCACGUGACCUGCGGAGCAAGUAUGAAUUACGCCAGGAAGAGAAGCAACAGGCUAAAGAACAGGCUGCAGACGAGAAGAAACAGAAGGAGGAAGAAGAGAAGAAAGCUCUGGAAGAGAAGCCGAUAGUGGACCGUCUGCAGGGACUCCGUGUCCACGCCUGGGUGCUCGUUCUCUCUGGCAAGCGGGAAGUGCCUGAAAGUUUUUUCAUUGAUCCUUUCACUGGGAAAAGCUACAGCACUGCUGAUGAUCACUUCCUGGGUAUUGAGAGUCUGUGGAACCAUCGGAAUUAUUGGAUCAACAUGCAGGAUUGCUGGAAUGGUUGCAGGGAUCUUCUGUUUGAUCUCGGAGACCCUGUGCGAUGGGAAUUCAUGCUUCCCAGCACCGACAAACCCUUGUUGUCCCUGCCAGAAAUGGAGGAGGAGGAAGAUCUGGGCGAAGAUGAUGUGGAAGAUUUGAUGAAGGAAGAUGAAUCAAAGAGUUUUGACAUGCCUGCAUCUUGGGUGGAGCAGAUCCAUAUAUCUCCCAAAGAAUUUGAGACUCGCUGUCCUCAAGGCAAGAAACUGAUUCAAUAUAAGAAUGCCAAGUUGGAGAAAUGGGCACCAUAUCUUAAUGUCAAUGGCCUAAUCACCCGAUUGACAUUGUAUGAAGAUCCAGAUUGUACCAAAGUGCUUGAAGUGAAAGAGUGGUUCAAGAACCGCGAAGACAAGUUGGACAUUCGAGAAUUAAAUAAGCAAACCAACAUCAUAGCAGAGCAAUUCCUACCUGGACAUGCCCUGGGCCUGAGAGCACAUAUGUACAAGACCAUGGAACCGGAGACCGAGCGCACGAUGGAAUUCUACAACGAGACACGGGUGGACGGCCUUCAGAAACGCACAGAAACUUCCCAAGAGAUGGCAGAGUAUUUUGAAGGCCGCUUAGAUUUUCUUAGCUACCGUCAUGCCGAGUUUGGCAAAAGAAUCAAGAAACUUACCAAGAAGAUGGCUACCACUGAAAGCAAUGCCCGGCCAAUUUUGAAAAUCACCGAGAGGUUCCACAGGAACCCAAGCAAACCAGCCGAUGAAGAUGUGGCCGAACGCGUUUUUUUGAUCUCAGAAGAUAAGAUCAUUCUGACUUACCACUGCAAGGAGAAUUACAUCACCCCUUCCAAGAGGGAGUUUAAUAAGCAUACCGAUGUGGACAGCAAGGGAAAUAAGAUUAUCAUGAGCCGAGAUAUGUGCAUCAGUUAUCAGGCAGGGCCUGUGGAGAAAGAAAAGAAACUCUUCCAUCUCUAUGAAAUGCUGAUGCAGCUGAUUGAAGACGAGAAACGUUCCCGCCAUCUAGUGUGGGAAUCUGAGAUCGAGGUCCUGGAGCUUCUGAGGAUUCGAGGAGAGGAAGAAGCUGCUAGCAAGUUGAGUGUCUCCAUUUAUGACACGGAAAGAAAUGAGAAGAGUAAAGAACAUCGUGAAACCAUAGAGCGCCUACAGCAAGAGGAGCGCCAGCGCCAAGUGGAGCAGGAGCUGGAUUACCUGGCGCCCUUCCUCAUUCAAGUGGGAGGCCUUGAAAAGAUGACCAAGUGGCUCGCUUUGCGCCUGAAAGAAGACUGCCUGAACGAUUUCAAGCAUCGUCUCGUGGACAAGGCCAACCUCAUCCAAGCACGGUUUGAGAAGGAAACUCAAGAACUCCAGAAGAAGCAGCAGUGGUACCAGCAGAACCAACUCAACAUGACCUUAGAGGAUGAAGACGCCUACCUGAACUACUGCUCAGAGGCCAUGUUCCGCAUCCGCAUUUUGGAGCUCCGACUCAGCAGGCAUAAAGAGAGGGCACCGCUGAAAUAUAUAGCAUUAGAAGAGAAACUUUCCAAAGAUCCUCGUCUCUCUGAAUAUCUCAAAUUUUAUGUUUAAUUUUUCUGUGACUCAUUUUGGGGAAGUGCUCCUCAAAGGCCAGGUGAAGUUAAUGAAACUUCCGAGCAGCUUUGAAGAACAUUUUAUUUUUCUCAGGCCACUUUCUUCCUCCCCACAAACUUUUGCAACUUUCUGGUUAAGAAAGCAUCAAGGAAAAGAAACUUUAAUUCUUUGAAUCUCUCAAUGGAGCAAUACUUUAAAAACCUCUGGGUUUUGAUAGCUAAAUAUAUGGGU